AUGGCCGGAACCCAGAAGAAGAACGCCAAAGGUCGGCUUGAUAGGUACUACUAUCUCGCCAAAGAGAAGGGAUAUCGUGCUCGUUCUUCCUUUAAGAUUUUGCAAAUUAAUCAAAAAUAUGGCCAUUUUUUGGAAAGAUCUAAGGUCGUGAUAGAUCUUUGUGCCGCUCCAGGAUCGUGGUGUCAGGUGGCUGCGCAGCUGUGUCCUGUCAACUCACUGAUUGUCGGAGUGGAUAUUGUUCCCAUCAAGCCGAUUCCCAAUUGUAUCACAUUCCAGAGUGACAUUACCACGGAAGAUUGUCGCUCCAGAUUGAGAGGCCAUCUGAAGUCGUGGAAAGCAGACUCUGUUUUGCACGAUGGUGCUCCCAACGUUGGUUUGAACUGGGUUCAGGACGCUUACACGCAAUCGCACUUGACUUUACAGGCUUUGAAGUUGGCGGUUGAACAUUUGAACGCCGGUGGAACGUUUGUGACCAAGAUUUUCCGUUCUAGAGACUACAAUAACCUGAUCUGGGUUUUCCGUCAGCUGUUCGACAAGGUCGAGGCUACCAAGCCCCCUGCUUCUCGUAACGUUUCUGCCGAGAUUUUCGUGGUUUGCAAGGGGUUCAAGGCUCCAAAGAAGCUUGAUCCUAGACUUUUAGAUCCCAAGGAGGUGUUCGAGGAGCUUCCUGAGAAGACUGCAAAUAACGAGGCCAAGGUGUUCAAUCCAGAGAUCAAGAAGAGAAAGAGAGAUGGUUAUGACGAAGGGGACUACACCUUGUUCCAUCCUAUGGCUCUUUUGGACUGGGUGAAACAGGAGGACGACGUGAUCAAUACUUUGGGAAGUGUCAAUAUGUUUGAGAUCGACGAGGAGAGCGAGGAAUGGCAGACUUUGAAACGGAUGAAAGAUACCACGUCCGAGUUCCUUGAGUGUUGCAAAGAUCUGAAGGUUCUUGGUAAGAAAGAUUUCAGAAUGUUGAUCAGAUGGCGGAAGCAUGCUCGUAUUGUUCUUGAUCUUGAUGUCGAGGAAGAGGAAAAUCAAGUGGAAGUCGAGGAGCUUGAUGAAGAUCAAAAGAUUGACCAAGAGCUCGAAGAGAUGAAGGAGAAGGUCCGGCUGAAGCAAAAGAGAGAAAAACGUCGUCGUAACGAGGCCAGACAGCAAGAGAUCCAGCGGAUGCAGAUGAACAUGUUGACCGACAUGCAGGUUGGUCUCGAUGCCGGAAACAUUGGGUCUGAGAGUUUGUUCAACCUGAAAAUUGCCGAGAAGACUGGUCAGUUGGACGAGUUGGCUCGUGGCAAGAAGAGCAUGGUUUUUGACGACGAGGAGUUGGCUCGAGAUAACGACAUUGUGUACGAUGACAAGCAGAUCGUGGAGUCUGGUGACGAGCUGGACAAUCUCGAGGAUGAGCUGAACUCGAUGUACCAACAGUACAAGGAGUCCAAGAUGGAGCGGGACGCCAGACUGAGAGCCAAGAACGCUCGUGGAGGAGACGAUGAGGAAUGGGAAGGAAUCAAGGAGCAGACGAGCGAGGUCGAGUCUGACGACGGAGAGAUCCUGGAAAGCGAUAGCGACAUUGAGAGCGAGGAGGACGAGGCAAUCGACAAGCUGAUUGCCACCAUCGACAAGAAGAAGAAGGGCGGACUGAGUCGGACUGCUAACAACUUCUUUGGAGACUCGAUCUUCGAGGGUGUUGAUGUGGUUGCCGAGACGAAUGGCAAACCGGCAGAGUCUAAGGAAGAAGAGGAGGUGGAUGAGGAAGAAAAUGCGGAAGCAGAAUCUGGAUCUGAGUCUGAGGAGGCUGAAGAGUCUGAUGCCGAACUUGAGUCUGGAUCGGAGUCAGACGAGGCCGAGCCAGACUUUGAGAUUGUUCCUGGAGCUGGAGACGGCAUGUCACACAAGCACGAGGUCGACUUGGCCACAGUGGAAGCAAUGACGCUUGCUCACCAGCUUGCUCUUGGCCAGAAGUCCAAACACGACCUGAUCGAGGAAGGAUUUAACAAGUACUCGUUCAGAGACAAGGAAGGACUGCCUGACUGGUUCUUGGAGGACGAAGACAAACACAGCAAGAUCAACAGACCAAUCACGAAGGAGGCGGCUUUGGCUUUGAAGGAGAAGAUGAAGCAACUGAACGCCAGACCAAUCAAGAAGGUGAUGGAGGCAGUUGGAAGAAAGAAGAUGAGAGCAAUCAAGAGACUCGAGAAGAUCAAGAAGAAGAGUGAUCUGAUUGCCGAUGACGACUCGAAGAGUGAAUUGGACAAGGCUAAGGAGAUCCAAGCCCUUGCCUCCAAGUUAGGCAAGAAGAAGAAGACCAAGCCUAAGACCACGCUUGUGGUUGCACGUGGAAGCCAUAAGGGUGUUUCCGGAAGACCAAGAGGUGUUAAGGGUAAAUAUAAGAUGGUCGACGGAGUGAUGAAGAACGAGAUGCGUGCAUUGAAGAGAAUCGAGAAGAAGCACAAGAAGAAGGGAAGAAAGUAA